AUGAGAAAACUCAUAGAAUUUUUUAUUUCUCACCUACUUUAUUUUUUUAUAAAAAAUAUAAACUGUGAAAUAAAUAGUAAUUUACUUAAUUACCAAAAAGAUGUCACAGAUGUAACUCCAGAAAAUUUCAUUUCUUCGAAUAUCAUAAACGAAGAAAAUUCAUAUAUAAUAGAUUUAAAUUCAGUUAAUAAAAAUAAAAGAUUAAAAAAUAAUUACAGUAAAUUGUUAAAUAAUGCAUUAUACAAUUAUGGUAAUACUGAAACUUUAAGAAAUGUGCUUGAUAAAGGUAAUAAUAUCAAUGAAAAAGCAAAAUUACAUGAAGAAAGAAAUUUUGAAAAAGAAAGCAGAAAAAUCGGUUCUAGUUUUAUGCUUAUAAAUAAACAUAAUACAGAAAAUGAUUUAUUUAAGAAAAAUGAGAACGAAAAAUAUGAUAAAUUAUAUAGUGAAAAAAUAACAGAAAAAAAUUGCAGAAAAAUACAAAAGGAAAAAUCUGAUAAGAAAGGAUUUAUAGAAAAAAAUGAUAAUGAAGUGAUAAAUAAUUCAAAACCAAACCAAUUAACUAAUGAAGCUUCAUGUAAGAACAUCUCAAAAAAAAAAAAAAAAACUGUUGAGCCUAUAUUAUAUAAAUAUACAGAUUAUAAUUCUAAUGUAGGUGAUAAAAUUAAUAGCAAUUUUAAAAAAACUCAAGAAGAAAAAAAUAUUUCCUUGCACGAAAAUUAUACAAUAAAUGAUGAAAACAGAAUUAAAAGUCUGAAAAAUUCAAGGGAAAAAUUGAAUCUUCUUUUUUUAGGUAAUAUUACCAAUGAUUAUACAGGUAAUAAUUAUUUCGAAAUAGAUAAGUAUGUUAAACUAGAAUAUCCAAUAAAUAACAAAAAAAAAAGAAAAAUAAAUAAAUAUGCUCAUAGAGACAUGAAUCAAAUAAACAAUAAAAUAAAUAAAAAAUCAGUAUUUAAUAAUAAUAAUUUAAAUUUCAUAAAAUAUACUGAUGAUGAAGACAAUAAUUCAAAAGAAAAUGAAGAUAAUGAAAAUUAUGUUAUAGAUGAUUCUGAUCUAUUAGAUAUACUAAAAGAUGGAUAUAAACCAGACAAUAUUGUAUGUACAAUAAAAAAAAAUAAAAACCCUGAAAGGAAAAAGAAAAUAGAUGAAGAAAAUUAUGAAGAUUUUGACUUAAAAGAUGCCUUAAUUGACGAUAUAGAUAAUAAAAACAUAAAAUCCAUUGAAGAUAAAGAAAAAAAUGAACAUAAUAAGAACAAGAAACCAGAUAAUACAAAUAAUGAUAUUUAUUCUAAAUUAAAAUUAAAUAAUCCAGACACUCAUUUAUCCUUAAAAUAUCUUGGAUUAGGUUAUGAUAUAAUUAUGGGGAAUCCAGAGGGAGAUCCUACUCUAAAUAUUGACCCAGGAUUCAGAGGACCAGUACUUCAAAUAAACCUUGAAAAGAUAAAUUUAAAUAAUAAUAAUAUUAACAUUAAUAAUAAUAAUAAUAAUAAUGAUAGUAAGAGAUCAACUCCCUGGGUAAUUCCUGAACAUUCAUGUAGUCAAUCAAGAAAUGUAGAAGAAAUAAGAAAUUUAGAGCAAUAUAAGUUAGAAUUAUUAUCAGAUGUUAAAGUAAGUACAGCAUCAAUUUUUCCAUAUUCUUUCUCGGCUUCCGUGGAGUUUAAGAAUGCAUUAGAAAAAUUAAAAGUACAAAAUAAUGUAAUAUUUUUGAUGAAAAUUUACUGCUUAAGAUACUAUACGGGGAUACCAACUACAACAUUAUGGAAAUUUACGGAUCAUUUUAAAAAAGCUUUGAAUAAUUUGCCUUCUACAUUUGAUGGGUUAAAAGAGGGUAGUUUAUGUACUUAUGAAGAUUACAUAAAUAAAAUAAAUACCCCUGAAUGUGAAGAGAAUGUAAAUAAAUGGAUAAUUUUUUUUAAGCUUCAUGGUACUCAUGUAGCUCACGAAAUCUAUUUAGGGGGAAAAAUUAUACUAAAAAUGAAUAUAGAUAAAAAUGAAUAUAAUAAAUUGAAAGAAAAUAAUUUAAGUAUGAAACCAUUCUUUAAUUUUUAUUUUCAUAAAAUGGGAUUAUCUUCGAGUUUUAGUAAACAAACUCAAAGCAUAUUAUCCAAAUUUAAUAUAUCAAAAAAUAUAUCAAUUCUAGGUGGAAAUCCUGGUUUAGAUGUAGAAAAUUCUUCUUUUUUUGAAAGAUGGGUUAAUUCUAUUGGUAGAAAUUCAAUGCCUAUUAGAACAAAACUGUUACCAUUUAGCUUUUUUAUGAAAGAUCCCAAUAUGAUACAAGCAUAUAAAGAUGCAUUAACUUUUUAUGGCUUAUCUUAUGGUGUUAGAAUUAUUGAUCAGGAAAAAUAUAAUAAUGGUGUAUUGUCUAUAGGUGAAUAUCUAGAAAAGUGUACUCAAAAAUUAUAUGCUGGGCCUCCACCUGGCUUAUUAACAUGCCCAAUCGGAAGUAGUCUUCUGAUGGGUUUUUCCAUAAAUUUAGAUUUUUAUAAAAGUAAAAAACUAAGCAAUACUAUUGGUAUGAUUAGUUGUGAGCAAAUGAAGGAAUCUUGUAGUGGAAAUGGAUUUGAAAAUAAUUAUUCAGAUACAAGAAUAUGGGGUUUAUGCUCAAAUAAUCCAUUAGAAUUUAUUACGCAAGUAGUUCAACAAGGUGAAUCUCCUAAAGUGACAGCAACCUGUCCAAGAGGUUUGGUUAUUUUAUUUGGUUUUGCUUUAAUGAAAGGUAUGGGAUCAUCUUCUGCUAAUAAUGUGGAUAUAUAUCCUUGCCGUACUGGCCAAACCAGCUGCUCUGCUGUUUUACAAAAUAGUAAAUUUAAACAGAGUAUGAUAUAUGUUGCUUGUGUAGACAGAACAACAAAUGGAUUAGAACAUAUACAAACAUUUAGUCAAAUAAAAAAUAUGGGAUAUGUUGUUCCAAGUAAAUUUAAAGAAGAUGGAUAUCUGAAUUUUUCCUGUCCUAGUAAUAAUACAUUAGUAUUUGGUUUUUCUUUAGAGUUCCAUACUAAUUUUCCUAGUACUAGAAAUAACUUUUUAUAUUGCUCAAAGUUUACCAAUAGCUGUGAGAUAGGGGGAAUAGGAAUCAAUACUAGGUUAUCAUUUUUUAGAGCAGAUAUGCACUCAUUAGCUAUAAUAGCAGUUUGUCGUUCACACAUUGAAGAGAAUAAAACAAAUAAAAAUGAAUAA